CCCAGAAUUGAUCAUUGGAACAAUGAGAAGGAGCGAUUGGUUCUUAUCACUGAUUGGUCCCUUCUGAUCUGUAAAUACGACUUCAUCAGCCUGCAGUGCCAACAAGUGACCAGAAUACUACUUAAUGCAGUUGAUACAAUUUCAAUUGGAGAAUUUGAGUUUCCUCCAAAGUCACUGAAUAAGCGGGAAGGCAUUGGAAUUAGAAUUCAAUGGGAUAAGCAAAGUCGUGCUUCCUUCAUCAAUAGAUGGAACCCAUGGUCCUCAAACGUCCCGUAUGCUACUUUUACAGAACAUCCAAUGGCCGAUGCAGAUGAGAAGAUCGCCUCUCUUUGCCAA